GGAUUCAGAAAACCAGGCAAAGUCAACUGGGCCAGAGCCGCAGCACCUAGAUGAAUUCACAAGUCUACUUGUACCAGAUGACACUCGAGUAAUGGUUGAUUUGUUGAAGUUGGCUGUGUCGACCCGUGCUGGUGAAAAGGGCAAAGAUGUUUUGUCCGCUGUGCUUUCAGCCAUGGGCACUGCCUACCCUCAGGUGGCUGACAUGUUGUUGGAACUAUGUGUGACUGAGUUAGAAGAUGUGGCCUCUGAUUCUCAAAGUGGGCGCCAUUCUCCUCAGCCAGUGAUAGUGGAAAGCAGUCACCCAUACACUGAUGACACAUCUACCAGUGGGACAGUGAAAAUACCAGGUGCUGAAGGUCUUCGAGUAGAGUUUGACCGGCAGUGCUCCACAGAGCGUCGUCAUGACCCGUUAACCAUAAUGGAUGGUGCCAACAGGAUAGUGUCUGUUCGAUCAGGUCGAGAGUGGUCUGACUGGUCUAGUGAACUGAGAAUUCCUGGUGAUGAGCUAAAGUGGAAGUUUACCAGUGAUGGUUCUGUGAAUGGCUGGGGAUGGCGAUUUACAGUAUAUCCUAUUAUGCCUGCUGCAGAAUGCUUUUACAGCAAUUGAAUGCCAGUGAUAUGUUUUGAGAGGUUCAAGUAUUCAGAUGCAGAAAGAUUACAGCAUGGAAGGAAGCCAUUUACCCAUCAUGCCUCUGAUGGUUGAAAGAGCUAUUGAAAUGAAAGCAAAAUACGCAAAUGCUGGAAAUCUGAAACUGAAUGCUGGUGAAACCCAGCAGAGCC